AUGUCUAGCGUGUUUGGAAGCGCAAGAACUACUUCGGGUUUCGGCGGCCUGACCCAAACGUCCUCGGCCGGCACGGUCCAGGAUAUGGCCAAUGACCCCACUCUAGCCAAUCCGCCGGAAGACUCUGUGUCCGACAUUUGCUUCUCUCCACAGGCCGAGUUUCUGUCGGUGGCGUCGUGGGACAAAAAGGUGCGCAUCUACGAGGUGUCUCCGCAGGGCCAGUCAAGGGGAGUGGCUCUCUACGACCACCAGGCGCCAGUGCUGUCCACCCACUGGUCUUUGGACGGAACCAAGGUGGCGUCUGGAGGCUGUGAUAACGCCGUGAGGGUGUUUGACAUGCAAUCGCAACAGGCGCAGCAGGUCGGCCAGCACGAGUCGUCCGUCCGAUGCGUGCGAUUCGUCGCCGCUGGACCUUCAGACACACCUAUUCUGGCAUCCGCAGGAUGGGACAAGAAGCUGCACUACUGGGACCUGCGAACUCCCAACCCCGUGUCCACCAUUGCGCUGCCCGAGCGGGCGUACUCCAUGGACACGUCCAAGCAGCUGCUUGUUGUGGCGACCGCUGAGCGACACAUUCUGGCCAUCAACCUCAGCAACCCCGGAGCCGUGGCCAAGACGCUGCAGUCGUCUCUCAAGUUCCAGACCCGUGUGGUCUCCUGCUGGCCCGCCGGCGACGGCUUUGCCGUGGGCUCUAUCGAGGGCCGAUGCGGCAUUCAGUACGUGGACGACACACAGGCUAAGAACAAGAACUUCUCGUUCAAGUGCCACCGACAGACCCCCAACCCGUCAAAGAACGAGGUCGACAUCUACGCCGUCAACGCCAUCUCGUUCCAUCCUCAGGAGGGUACUUUCUGCACGGCCGGUGCAGAUGGAUCGCUCACCUUCUGGGACAAGGACUCCCGCCACAGACUCAAGGGCUACCCACAACUAGGAUGCACCAUUCCCGCCACAGCCUUCAACCGCGACGGCUCUAUAUUCGCGUACGCACAGUCGUACGACUGGAGCAAGGGCCACUCAUAUAACAACAAGGACAUCCCCCACACGGUGCGGUUCCACCAGACAAAGGCCGAGGAGGUUAAGGCCAAGCCCAAGCGAAGAUAG